AUGUCAUCAAAUUUAUUAUUAUGCCAUUAUGAUCCAAAUCAGAAGCUAAUUGUAGCUGCUGACGCAUCAAACUAUGGGUUAGGCGCAUGCAUCAUGCAUGAAUAUUCAGAUGGAUCCAUUAAACAUAUUUCCCAUGCUUCACGUUCUCUCACUCCGGCAGAACAAAAAUAUAGCCAGAUAGAAAAAGAAGGACUUGCACUCAUAUUUGCAGUUACCAAAUUUCAUAAAAUGUUGUAUGGAAGAAGAUUUAUAUUGCAUACCGACCAUAAGCCUUUACUGACUAUUUUCGGUAGAAAAACAGGCAUUGCUAUACAUCAAGCUAAUCGUCUUCAAAGAUGGGCAAUUCAGCUUUUAGCAUACGAUUUUGAAAUAAGAUUCAUUUCAAAAAACAGUUUCGGAUACGCUGAUGUAUUAUCUAGACUUAUAAACAACAACGAAAAUAUUUCUGAAAAUUACGUUGUAGCAUCAAUCAAAUUAGAAAGAAGUGUAAAUUCAAUUAUAGUUAACACUAUAAAUACUUUACCAGCAAAAGAUCCAAUUCUAAAACAAAUAAUAUAUUAUAUUACAAAUGGUUGGCCUAACAAAACAAUAAAUAAUAGAGAAUUACAAGCAUUUUUACACAGGAAAAAUGAGUUAUCAUUAAUAAAUGAAUGUGUUGUGUACGGUGAACGUAUUGUUAUCCCACAAGUCUACAAAAAACGUGUAUUUAAACAAUUACAUCGUGGUCAUCAAGGUAUUGAGCGUACCAAGGCAUUAGCACGGAGUUUUGUAUAUUGGCCAAACAUUGAUACUGAUAUAAAAACAUUUAUUCAAAAUUGCAAUCAAUGUGCCAAUGCAGCAAAGAUGCCUACGAAAACAUUACUUCAUUCUUGGCCCACACCAAGCGAACAGUGGGAGCGGGUGCAUAUAGACUAUACUGGACCGAUAGAAGGAUGGUAUUUUUUGGUCAUUGUCGACGCAUAUUCAAAGUGGCCGGAAAUUGUUCAAACAAAAGCAAUGUCAUCACAAGCAACCGUGAAUAUUUUAAAUGAUAUUUUUGCCCGAUUUGGUCUGCCAAAAACAAUCGUAUCAGAUAAUGGAACACAGUUUCGUAGUGAACAUUUUGAAAAAUUCUUAAAACAUAACGGCGUUGAACAUCUAUAUUCCAGCCCUUACUAUCCAAUGUCGAAUGGUCAAGCUGAAAGGUUUGUAGACACUUUCAAAAGAUCUUUAAAAAAAUUAGAAGGAGAGGGGACAAUCACACAAAAUUUAUGCACAUUUCUUCAGACAUAUCGUUCAACACCGAAUGUAAACUCACCAGAGAAGCGAUCUCCAGCAGAAGUCAUGUUCGGAAGGAAAAUGAGAAUAAAUUUAGAUUUGCUGCAGCCAAAAAAGCUACACAAUGCAAAGUUAAGUCCAAAUAAAUUCAAAAUGGAAAAGCAAUUUAACAAAAGGCACGGUGCCAAGGAAAUAAAAUACUUUCCAUCAGAUAAAAUUUACGCCAACAUUCCAAAUGGAGUUAACCGUUUCAAAUGGAUGCCAGGGGAAGUCAUUGAGAAAAAAGGAAAAGUAAUGUACAAUGUUAUUCUGAACAAUGGAAAAUUAAUUCGAAUUCAUUGUAAUCAAUUACGAAAGCGCUACCACGACCAAAAUAAUAACCACAGGUUUUGGGAAGCUGCACUAGAUGUGUAUGACUUACCGCAACAAUCAGAUCAGUUUAAAAAAGCACUCAACAAUCAGACACUGCCUAAUAUUCUACCACUAUCGAUAUCGCCAACCGAGUUACCCAUAAUGCCUACAACAAUUUCAACACCUACAUCACCUGUUCUUCGUAGGACAACACGUAAUCGCAAAGCAGUCACUAGGUUUCAACCACAGUAA